AUAGAAGUCAUUCGUUAUAAUAAUUAUUUGAUGUGACGAAAUUAAUGAGAAAUGAUUUGACCACACGAUGUCAUAAUUAGACAAAUGUCAAUCAAUUAACUAGUUAGAAUUGAUACGUCACUCAAUUUGUUUCGAGAAACCAGUUCAAGACGAACAACUUUGUCCAUCGUUCGGACAAACCUUCGAGUUCGGGUUAAUUUACAGAAUACAAGAUGCCAGAAAAGAAACAACUUCACUUUAUCGAGAAUUUUGCCUUGAGUGGUGCUGCUGCUAUCAUUUCUAAAACUGCUGCAGCUCCAAUUGAACGAGUUAAGCUCCUGGUACAAAACCAAGAUGAAAUGCUAAAGUCAGGCCGCUUGSCCUCGCCCUACAAGGGGGUUAUUGAUUGCACCGUAAGGACUUUCAAAGCUGAAGGCCUUUUGUCUUUCUGGAGAGGAAACCUCGCCAAUUGUAUCAGGUAUUUUCCAACUCAGGCCCUGAACUUCGCCUUUAAAGAUCAAAUCAAAGCGAUAUUCAAAUCAAAAAAAUCAGACAGCUAUGCUGUAAAGUUCAGCAAGAACAUUGCAUCAGGAGGUGCCGCAGGAGCCAUGUCACUAACGUUCGUGUACUCUCUGGACUACGCCCGUACGCGAUUGGCUAAUGACGCCAAAUCAACUACCAAGGGUGGAGGGGAGCGCCAGUUCAAUGGUUUGAUUGAUGUGUACGUCAAGACUCUAAAAAGCGAUGGCAUCGUGGGACUGUAUCGCGGAUUUGUGAUAUCAUGUGUCGGUAUUGUCAUCUAUCGUGGAUUCUACUUUGGUUUGUAUGACACGCUGAAGCCUGUAUUGCUUGGAGAGAAUGCCAAUCUCGUAGCGUCUUUCAUGCUUGGUUACAUCGUGACUGUGACAUCUGGACUUGCGUCUUAUCCAAUUGAUACCAUAAGAAGGCGUAUGAUGAUGACCUCAGGUGAAGCCGUGAAAUACAAAGGCUCCAUUGACUGCACCAUUCAAGUCAUUAAAAAUGAAGGUGCAAUAUCAUUGAUGAAGGGUGCAGGCGCAAAUAUUCUCCGUGGAAUGGCUGGGGCUGGUGUAUUAGCUGGUUUCGACAAGUUCCAACAACUUUACAUCUACUGGAGGUCUAGUGAUUAACGCCCAUCAGUUGCAAAGAAUUUUUGACCGAAUGACUUUUCCCUCACUUCUAUCCAUCUCUAUGAACAUUAUCCUGGCCCCUUUUACUGUAUCAAUAUCCAUUGCACACCAUUUAUUACAUUUUAUUCGCUUGAUCCA